ACACUUCGACCGUCGACUUCCGAUUUAUAAGCCUUGUAUUCAUACCCGAUCUCUCUUCAUCUCUAUCUCUUCCCCGGGAAAAAAAAAAUGAAGAACCGAAGCGGGCGGAGAAUAUCUGUGAAGUGGAUUCCAUUUUUCUGCAUCUUUUGCUUCGCUUUUGGUGUUCUCUUCACCAACAGGUUGUGGGUACCGCCUGAAUCCAAUGAGCAGCUCAUGUCACGGCAUCGACGUGAUCAGGAGCUACAAGUCGUUUCCGAUGACUGCAAUAUCAAGAAACCUGCACAAAACAAUGAAGUUCUCGAGCAAGUUCUGAAAACCCAUAAAGCAAUUCAAUCUCUAGACAAGUCAAUUUCGAUGCUUCAGAUGCAGACGUCAGCUAGGCGGAGUUCUCAGGAGAUGGGGAGCUUGGGUGGCUCAUCUGCUGCGUCGAACCUGGUUAAUGAUGGUCCGCCCAGGAAGAAAGUGUUCAUGGUCAUUGGAAUAAACACUGCGUUUAGCAGCAGGAAGCGGCGUGAUUCAGUCAGAGAAACGUGGAUGCCACAGGGGGAAAAGCUUCUGCAAUUGGAGCACGAGAAAGGAAUUGUCAUUAGGUUCAUGAUUGGACACAGUGCAACAUCAAAUAGCAUUUUAGACAGAGCUAUUGACUCGGAAGAUGCUCUGCACAAGGACUUCCUUAGAUUGGAGCACAUUGAAGGGUACCAUGAAUUGUCUGCAAAAACCAAAAUUUUCUUUUCCACUGCAGUUGCAAAGUGGGAUGCUGAGUUCUAUGUCAAGGUGGAUGAUGAUGUCCAUGUAAAUCUUGGAAUGUUAGCUUCAACCCUUGCCCAUCACAGGUCAAAGCCCAGAGUCUACAUUGGGUGCAUGAAAUCUGGACCUGUGCUUUCACAAAAAACUGUCAAGUACCAUGAACCAGAGUACUGGAAAUUUGGAGAGGAGGGGAAUAAAUACUUCCGGCAUGCAACUGGGCAGAUAUAUGCGAUCUCAAAGGAUCUAGCGACAUACAUCUCCAUUAACCAGCCCAUAUUACAUAAGUAUGCGAAUGAAGAUGUAUCACUUGGAUCGUGGUUUAUCGGUCUUGAGGUUGAGCACAUUGAUGACCGGAAUAUGUGCUGUGGAACUCCACCAGAUUGUGAGUGGAAGGCUCAGGCAGGCAAUGUGUGCAUUGCAUCAUUUGAUUGGAGUUGCAGUGGAAUCUGCAAGUCAGUGGAGAAGAUAAAAUUUGUUCAUGAAAGGUGUAGUGAAGGUGAUGGAGCCGUUUGGAGUGCUCUCUUUUAAAUAAAUUUUAGCAGCAGAACAUUUUUUCGACAAACAAGAAUAUACUCAAACAUUCAUUUACAUUUGCCCAACGAGGAGAGAGGCAGUUCUGAUAGUAGAGAUAGACAAAGCUGUUCUUGGAUUAGAGUAUAGAUACAUGCAACAUAUUACCUCUGCCACAGUUUGGUGAAGCUCAUCCAAGUACUCAACAGGAGAAGGCGUAUUUAUUAUUUAUACCUAUACAGAAAUUCAUGGAAAUACAAGAGCUUCUUUUUCUUUUUCCUUUUUGUUUUGUGAAAUUUAUUUAUAGAUAGAAAAAGUGAGCAAAAUUUAUAGUUUUGAAAGUCGACUCAAUUCCUUCUCGGAAUGGAGUUAAAACAAAUACGUACUGUAAUUUUAAAGCCUUCAUUUUUCUUCUUACAUCGAGAUAAUUAGAAGGCGGCUAAGUCUAUGCUGCAGGUAGUGGUGUAUAAAUUGUAUAAUUUUAGAACUAUCAAUUAUGUAUCUUUAAAUUACGUUGUGUAGUUUAAAAGAAAAA